AUGUUUGGUAAUAAACCAAGUGGAGGAGGUUUCAAUUUUGGUCAAACUCAAGCUCAACAACAACCACAGCAACAGCAACAGCAACAGCAACAACAACAACAACCACAACCACAACAACCAUCACAACAACCUGCGACGGUACAAUCAAUUAAUCCGCCAACUUCAGCUACUAAUCAAACAUCUUUUCAAUUACCGACUCCUAUUAAUAAUACUUCAAAUAGUAAUAAAUUAUUACAUGAAUUAAUUGAAUCUGCAAAUAAUUUACCAAAAAAAAAUGAUAAUAUUCAAUUAGGUUCAAUUCAUUUAACUUUGUAUGAAUUACAAAGAAAAUCCGAACAAUUGAAAAAUCAAUAUGAAAAAUCAAAUUAUACAAAAGCUCAUUAUUUAUUAGCUGGUUCAGGUAUUAAUGGCGAAGAUAUUUUAGAAGAUUUAAACUCAAUACAAUUACCACCCACGGUCGAAAGUGAACAAAAGCAACAUCAUCCACAAAUUUCACAUAAGAAUGAAAUUGAAAAUUAUUUAAAUAAUAAAAAAGAUGAGAAUAUUUUAAAUACUAUUGAACAAAGUUUAUCAUUAGCAUCUUUGGAUUUCGAUAAAUAUAUAAAUUCAAAUAUUUCAAUUGAUUGGAAAUUACAAAGAGAAGAAUUGAAAAAAAGUGUUAGUUUGAAAAAUGGUUCAGGUAAAGUUAAAAACUCGAUAGUUUGGAAAUCUCAAAAUAAUUCAAAUGUUUUGGUUCCAAUUGUUACAAAUUCAAACUCAAAACAAAUGCUGAGGGAAAAAUUUGAAAAUCAUGCAAAGAUUAUAUAUUCGUUGAAUGAAGCAAGAUUGGAGAAUAAAAACUUUCCAUUAUGUUUGAACUUUAAUGAAGUUAAUAAAUUGAGUAGUGAUUUGAAAUCUAAACAAAUUAGUGAAAUUUGGAGAAUUUUGAUAAAUUUAACUGAUGAAAAAUACUCAAGAAUAAAUCAAGAAGGUAAAUUUAAGAACUAUACUAAGGAAAAACUUGAUUCUUUGAUUAUAAACAACUCCAGAAAGUAUUUACAAAAUGAGUUUUACAAUUAUGUUGAAGAAAUUUACCUUAGGGAAAAUAAAUUAUCUAACAAUUUAAAUAAAAUACUUUAUUUUACAAAUCAAGUAGUCAAAGAUGAUUUAAGAAAGAGGACUUUAUUGGUCAAUGAUAUACCUACAUGGGCAGUUAUAUUUUAUUUCCUUAGAUCAGGUUUAUAUCAAGAUGCAUUAGAAUUUAUUAAUAACAAUCAGCAACAAUUUAAUAAAUUUGAUAAAAAUUUCCCCGUAUAUUUUAAGAAAUUUGUUUCAAAUGAAUUAACCGAUGAUUUAAUGGAAAGAUUACAUUCUGAAUUUAAUCAACAAUUUCAAUUUAUAAUGUCUGAUUUUACAAAUACUAAUUUUGAUCCUUUCAAAUAUUCAGUUUAUAAAAUUAUUGGUAAAUGCGAGUUAAGUCAAAAGUCAUUACCACCAGCAUUGAAUUUGAGUAUUGAAGAUUGGUUAUGGUUCCAUUUAUCAUUGAUACAAGAAACAGCUACUAAUUUAAUUUUUGAAAACUAUUCAUUACAAAAUUUACAACAAAAGAUUUUAUCAUUAGGAGUUAAGAAAUUUCAAACAACAUCUAAUAAUUCAUUAUAUUUGAAAGUGUUGGUACUUACUGGGUUAUUUGAAGUUGCUGUCAAUCAUUUAUUUGAAAUUAAUGAAUGUGAUUCAAUUCAUUUAUCUAUUGGUUUAGUUUAUUAUGGAUUAUUGAAUAAUUUUAAAAACUUUCCAAAACUUAUAGGUAAUUAUGUUACCUCAUUCAAAUUAAGUGAUCCAAAAGUAGCAAGUCAAUAUUUAAUUUUAAUAGCUUUGAACGCAUCAGAUUUACAAAUUUGUUAUCAAUCAAUAAGAGAAUUAAUUUUGAUUUCUAGAGAGUUCAACAUUUUACUCGGUGAGUUAAAUAACAUUAAUGGUACAAAGAAACCAGGUAUUUUAGAAACACAAAGAUCAUUAAUCAAUUUAGACAAUUUUCAAGAUUUCAAUUACACAAUUAUCGAAAUUAGUGCUAAGAAAUGUGAAGAAGAAGGUAGAAUUUUUGAUUCAUUAUUAUUAUAUCAAUUAAGUGGAGAUUAUAAUACUACAAUUACAUUAAUUAAUAAAUUAUUAUCAGAAUUAAUUACAACUACAGAUUUAAAUUCUUUGAUAAAUUCAGAAAUUAUUGAGAUUUCAAAAAAUAUAAUUCAAGUGGUAAAUUCAAACAGUCAUAUUUUAAAAAGUAUCUCAAUUGAUAAUAAACAAACCUGUGAUUUAUUAAUUCAAAUUAUAGAUAUUAGAAAUUUGUUCCACAAAAAAGAAUAUAGAGAAGUUUUGACUGAAAUUGAAAAAUUAAAAUUAAUUCCUAUUUCAUCUAAUGAUGACGAUUUAAUCAAGAUUAGAAAUUCAUCUGAAAUGAUUGAGAAAUUAAACAUCAACCUUGUCAAAAGUAUUCCAUCAUUGUUGAUUUUGAUAAUGACUUGUUUAUCAAAUUUAAAUUAUAAUAUCUUGACUAGAAAAUAUAAAUCUGAUCAAAUUGAAUUAAAGAAUUUGAAAAAGAUUGGUAAGAAUGUUAUGAUUUAUGCUGGUAUGGUACAAUACAAAAUGCCAAGAGAGACAUAUAGUUUAUUAAUUAAUUUAGAAUCUUCAUUGUAA